GCUGUUUUGGGUAGUUACCUAUCUACGCAUUUCUCUAUCAUGUGAUUCAUGCUAUGUUCAUAUUGUAUGAAGAAGAUAGGUUUGGUUUUGUUGUGGGGGUUAUUGGACAGGGUUCAAUACGGGAGGAUGGAAUUAUUGCUUCUGUUCAUUUGGGAGCAGAGUUGCGUUGGCUACGUUUCGGUGUCAUGGCUACUAUACUAAUUGGCUGGGCUGGCGGGACCUGGUAUGUUAUGCCUCGUAGUGGAAGACUGAAGCUUGGUUAUGAUGCAUUAUUCUCUGGCUAGAAUCUUCUCGUAUUGUUUGAUGUGAUGUCUGUAUGAGGACUGGACUCAUUUGAAUACUUUUGGAUGGAGCGGUUGGUAGGCUAUUCUUCAGAUAUUUCAGUUCACGCGCUGUAGCAGAGGGGCGUACGUGUACGCUGAUAUCGUAAGUGAGUACCUCUUAGGCUUGCUUAUGUUAGG